GCUCGACUGGUGUAUCGGGGAAGAAGUCAGCAGCCAGACGGAUCGAUCUUCUUGUCCGGUUGUCCCGCCCUGGCAGGCAGCAUAGUCGGCCGGGGUGAGGCGAGGUCACGCUGAACUUUCCCGCCAUGGCAGCGGUUUCCGACGGAUUACGCCACUGUCGGAUAAAAAGAACCCGGCCAAUCAUGGUCCGGCGGAGGUUUGUGUUUGCUUAUCUUUUGCGGCAGGUAAGCUGUAGGCUUCAAUCAAAGGCUUUUGUUUUUCAGCCGAGAAAUUACAGCGACUGAGAAACCACGUCGCUGUGCACUACGUACUCCACUUGGAAAACUCGCCUUGUAAGACUGACCAUCCCUUGCGUUCAAGCCUCCUCCCCUCGGCCCCUCCCCUGCUGGGAUUCCAUAGCCCCAAUGAUUAAUAACCUGGAAUUCUGCCCUAGCUAGUUACCCUGGGAAAUUCUCAUGGUGAGUGUCUGGCACGACACACUUUGAUUGGUUGGUUUCGGAGCUAAGGUGAAGCUGUCAGGGAACGAGCAAUUAUCCUUCCUUCCUAGGCGAGUAGCCCAUUUGGUCUCUGAUCUCUAUCCGCUCAGAGGAAUGGUCUAUUUUGCCUCCCUUUUUAAGCCCAUGUCCUCCUCCCUCGCCAUCAUUCAUCCCAACAAAGCGUGUCAAACCUCUCCCUCAAGUGUUGUCCCAAUACCCACUACCUCUUCUCUCCACCGUCUUCUUCAGCUCUCUCGAGCGGAAGGAAAAGGUCUCAUGGAGGGCCUCAUCCCGUUCAUCUACAGGGCCGUGGCGCAGUACAGGAAGGAGGGGCAGGUCUCCCUCGCCGACCUCCUCUUCGACGAGCAGCCGUCCUCGUCGCCCACGGCGGCCUCGGCCUACUUCCGCCUCCCCGGGGACUCCGGCCGGCACCAGCGCGUCUCGGCCGACUCCGGUGCAGCACGGCGGUCUCCGGCGCACCGUCGGCGCACCAUGGAGCACGGAUCGUGGUGACCGAUUGUGGUUGAAGCGCAGAAAGGCCAAUAAUAAAGGAAACAGAGCGAAGCAGGUGAAGACUUGCCUAGGUACGUCGUCGAGUACAUGCAGAUACGAUGUCGAUUGCUGAGCCUAGCUAAGCUAACACGAGCUUCAGACCUGCAGUUUAUGUGUGCUAUACAUGCAUAUAUUUGUAUUUCAGUUCAGCCUGUAACGAGUCGGUGAGUGUCAACUGUAAAUAUGGGAUGCACAAGCGCAGGACCUCCGAAGGAGGACUGUGAAGAAGAUGUAUAGUGUCAGAGUCCAUACAAAUACAUGGAGUGUAAUAUGGCAAUAAAAGCUUCACCAUGUACAAAAAGGUUGUGUACACGCACACAUGACUGCUUGCUGCAAGACUGCAAAAGAAGUGACUGUCAAGCAUCAA